AUGGAAUUAGAGAGCGUGAAAGAGCAGCAGUCUGCUGUUGUUCCUGCAGGAAAAUCCAAGUUAAGGUAUCCAUUGAGAUCUGCCACCAAAUCCAAGGAUGACAAAGACAAACCACAACUCUCUCUUUCUUCUUCUGCUUCCAAGAGGGCAAGGCCUGCAUCAACUCUGAGUAAAAGUAUGGGUGUCCUUGAUCUCUCCGGCAAGGACAAAUCUGCUAAGCCACCUAGAAGGCUAUCUAUUCCUGCCAAGUCAGUGGCCACAACUGCUCUGAAACCACCAGCAGGAAACAUCACCCCAAUAUCUGAGUCCAGAACCAAGAGAUCUGCUACCAAAAAUGAUACCCCUCUUUCUAAUUCUUCUAGGGCUUCAACCCGAAAGAAAUUCAACGCGUUAGCCUUAGCUUCCUAUUGGCUCUCACAAAUUAAGAUCUCUGAAUCUGUUGCUAAGCAUUCAAUUUCUCUUGCUUUCUUCAAACUUGCCUUAGAAGCCGGAUGUGAGCCGGUUCAAAUUCAAAGGUUGCGGAAUGAGCUGAAAUCUUAUGUAGGUCGUCACGAGCUCAGUGAUUUUGGGGAGUCUGUGAAAGAAUUAUUUGAGGGCUAUAAUAUUUCAGACCAUCAAGAACAGGUGCAGGUUUCUGAAACCUGUUCUCAGGUGCUGCCUGAAGAGUCAUCUCGAUCAUCUGAUGAUGAAGUUCGCAGCUCUCUUUGUACAACGGGAACAAGGAAACUGAGGCCGAGGUCCUUAAAUGCUGAUGCUGCUCGUGUUUCCACAGUGACAGAAUCAGCCAACAAGGAGACUUCUCAGAAGAAUACUACAUCAACAAAGACCAGGGGACAUUUGAACAAGAAUACUGAAAAUGCAAGGACUGCUUCAGACACCGGGAGUCGUAAGGUACAGAAGAAACCCCAGAAGGCUAGUAAGAAAGAAACGACCCAGGGCAAGAUCAAGAAGCAGGGAAAAAAAUCUGCUGCCCAAGAAGAUGGCGGUCCAAAUAGCCCUUCGGCUGUUGCUCCGGCUACACCAGAAGAGAACAAAGAAAACAUGGAUGCUCCGCCACUGGAAGAGAUCAGUCAAGCCAAUUAG